AUGUUUGAUAUACGAUAUUGGAGAUGCGUAUAUAAAAAAACUAGUUUUUGUCCCGAUGAUAAUAUACGUUUUUAUUUAUAUACUCCAGAACAUAAAGUUAGAAGAAAAAUAGAUGUAACGAAUCCAUAUUCUUUACGUUAUAACGGUUGGGAUCCCCAUAAAAGAAAUGUUAUUAUAGUUCACGGAUUUAAUGGAACCGAAGGAAAAAUGCCUUUGAGUUUUAUCAGAGAUGCAUACUUAAAAAGAGGAGAUCAUAACGUUUUAGCAAUCGAUUGGGGUGUUUUAACUCGGUUUCCAUGUUAUCUAUCAGCUAUAAGUAAUACAAGACUAGUCGCACAAUGCACAGCUCAAUUAUAUUCGUUUUUAACUGCUUCCGGUGCAUCGGCCGAAUCGACAACAUGUAUAGGUCAUUCAUUAGGUGCUCACAUAUGUGGAAUGAUGAACAACUACCUCACAAAAAGAAUGCAUAAAAUAGUGGGUUUGGAUCCGGCUAGACCUUUGAUAGAUAGAUUUGGAAACGAGGCGUUUAGAUUAACAAGAGAUGAUGCAAACGUGGUUCAAGUUAUACAUACGAAUGCGGGUGCUUUGGGUGAAACCUCACAAGUGGGUGAUAUUGACUUUUGUGUAAAUGGAGGAAGAUUUCAACCUAGUUGUAGAGGCCAUCGAUUGCGAAGAGCACGUUGUAGUCACUUUUUAAGCGCAUGCUACUAUGCAAUGUCAGUCAUAAAUCCAAGAAAAACAGUGGGUGUACCUUGCACGCCUAAGUGUCCUAGAACAAGCAGAUCAUUAGGAAGGCUUCCAGGAAAUCCAGUUGUUAUGGGAGAAUAUACUCCGGACGAUGCCAAAGGACAUUAUUGCGUCACUUUAAAACACACUGCUGCAUGUCCUUUUGACUAA